UAACCGCGUGAAUGCAUUAUUCUUUUUAUGUUUGACUGUUUGCAUCACACAGCGCAUUGUUGAGUCAACUGCCAGUUUUCUUUGAUCACCGAUGUGUACAUAAAGAUCAACAAACUUAUUCUAAUGUGUCUUUGCCAUUUCACUGCUUUUAUCGAUCCCUGCAAAUGCCCGGGUUUCGAUGCUUCUGCUUUUUUGUCUUUAUGUGACGCUAAAUGACGAUUAUAACGCCGUCGUACAUACAUAUCUACUUUCGCCGUAUCAUGCAUUUCCGUAUUGGAAGAAUCAGAAGAUAGCCAGCUCAACAGCAAAUUUAUUAAGUAAUCGCCUCUUAUGUUCGUUGACGGCGCUGCAGCCAACUUUGGCGCGUUAGUGCAUUACUAAAAGACAACAUUCUCCGAAUGAAGUACUGCUGGAGCGCUGCACUACUUUUAAUUUUCAACUUUUCCCGCCGUGUCAUGCAUAUGCAUAUCUGGUAAAAAGAGCGACGCCAAUCUAAUAUGUCUUUUAUCGUUGCCGAAAGAUGACAGCUACUUGACGUGACUGUUUGUACAUCAGAAACUGCUCUCCAAUUCCUUCACAAUGCGGCAAUUGCUGUCCAUGCGACAUUUUCGGAUCGGACCAUCAUCCCGAGGGAAGAUGACCCUGGGAUGGGAACGAUGCAUGAAAUACAUCCUAUGCUGCCUUAAUAUUUUCAUAAUGAUCGGAGGCUUAACUGUGAUCGCUGCUGGGAUAUGGACAGUUAUUGACAAAUUGUCUCUGGAAAGUCUCCUUGGGACUAAUCUGUACAUGAGUGCCGCAUGGAUACUGAUAGGCACUGGAUGCGGUGUGAUUGUUGUAGCGUUUUUCGGUUGUUUGGGCGCCAUAAGGGGCGUGCGAUGCAUGCUGAUGACGUACUUCGUUAUCCUAUUUUGCAUUUUUAUAAUUCUUUUAUUGGGGGGUAUUCUUGGAUAUGUCUUUCGGGAUCAGGUGGAGGAAUCGAUGCGCCAGCAGAUGCACGAUUCUAUGAUUCGUGAUUACGGUUACGUGAAGGUCAUCGAUGAUGCCUGGAAUACGAUGCAGCAAACGUUAGAAUGCUGCGCGGUGGACGCUGAAUACAAUCUAACCAAUUGGAUACACAGUCGAUGGUAUGAAAAACAACCAACUCCCAGACCGCUCGUGCCGGAAACCUGCUGCCGGCUGACGAAUGAUUCCUUUGUAAAGGGAUCGGCAGUGUAUGUGAACCUUACGGAAUGCCAGUCACGCUCUUACAGACGGAAAGAUUGGCCCAAUCCGGCUUUUGUCAAUGUGCAACCCUGUCUGCAAGAAGCGAAACACGGCGUACAAGAACAUGCGGUUAUAUUAGGAGGCAUUGGAAUUGCUAUUGCCUGCUCGCUGAUUUUUGGGAUGAUCUUUUCCUUGUGCCUUUUCCGGGAAAUUAUCUAAAAGACAGCCAGCGUGGAAACUAGUUAGCUGCCUUCGUUGCGGUUGAAGCGUCACUAUGAAACCCGAUCUCGAACGAAAAACGAUACACAUAUAUAAAGAAGGAUGUCCUUUUUUCCAGGUUUUCAGUUUCAGUUGUUUUGCGGGAUGGGGAAUCAUAUUUUUUGUUGUAUUAUUUUAUGGCGCUUAGUAGUGGUUACUGUACGUAAUCGGCAUGCAGACAUGUUUUUCUUUUUAUUGUGAUUUUUACAUUCCAAAGACCACACUAAUUUCGUUAAAUCUUGGUUGAUUUUCGUUGGCGGGUGCGACUACGGCCGUGUCAAAAUGUACACUUUAGAUUAGGAAAAAACCCCGCGUACAA